AUGCCUCAAGAAAUCCAGUCCAAAUCAAUCUACCAUGGUCUUCCAAUUUUUCCUGAUGACACUGAAGGGUUAACGGCAAUCGUUACAGGUAGCAAUGGUAUAUCAGGCGCAUACCAGCUCAAAGUUCUCUGCGAGUCCCCUCGUCGGUGGAAGAAGAUCUAUGCAUUGUCCCGGCGGCCUCCACAUGGCUCAUGGCCAGGCAAUGUCGAACAUCUAUCGGUUGAUCUUUUGCAGCCACCAGAACAGGUUGCAGCGCAGUUAGCGGAGAGAAACAUUCGCGCUGACUAUGUGUUUUUCUUCGCCUACAUCCAGCCGGUUCCCCGGGACGGAGGAGGCAUAUGGAGUGCGGAAGAUGAGAUGGUCAGACUCAAUAAGCAUUUGCUCUCGAACUUUCUAGAAGGCCUGGAACUGAACAACACAAUCCCCAAGCGGGUCUUACUGCAACUAGGUGCAAAAUACUAUGGUUUACACCACGGCCCUGGUAUCCCCCCACAAGAAGAAUCAGAUCCUCGGAUUCUGAUCGGACCAAACUUCUACUACGACCAGGAAGACUAUCUGCGAUCAUUUACAAAGAAGCAUCAGAUCGGCUGGAACACAACUAGACCCUCCCAUAUCGCCGGUGCCGUGCCCGAUGCUGCCAUGAAUCUAUGCUAUCCCUUGGCCGUUUAUGCUACGAUACAGAAAUACCUCAACAAGCCUCUCGAGUAUCCUGGGGACCUGAUCGCGUGGGAAUCACAUACCACUAUUUCCACUGCACAGGCCAAUGCAUACCUCGCCGAAUGGGCCGUGCUAACCAAACAGGCCGAAAAUGAAAGCUUCAAUGCAUCUGAUGACUGUCUAUUUACAUGGGCGAAGUUUUGGCCUCAGCUAGCCAAACGAUUUAAGAUGCCAUGGACAGGUCCCGAUACAAGCGACGACGCUCAGUAUCGGACCAUCACAUCCCCAGCCCCACCUCCGCGUGGUUAUGGUCCUCCGGGAAGAUCUCGCUAUCGUUUCACCCUGGCUGAAUGGGCCAAAAAGCCCGAAAUCCAGAAGGCUUGGUCCGAAGUCUCUGAGAGACAUGAUCUCCGAGAGAAAAAAUUCCGAGAAAUCGACCGGAUCUUUGGUUUCACAGACUUGGCCAUUACCGCAGGUCAGUCAAUUAUGCUAAGCACGACCAAGGCCAAGAAGAUGGGGUAUUUUGGGUUUGUUGAUUCGGUGGAGUCCAUGCUUCGCGUAGUGGAGGAGUUUGCCGAGAUGGGAAUGAUUCCAGAGCUUCCUUAG